AUGGGCCAUUGGAGAGACAUCUUCGCCACCGACGCACGCCGCACGCGCCAUCGCGUCCAGGUCGAGCGCCGUCGCCUGCUCCCCGCGUACGCCGCCGACGAGCCGCAACCAUCACAAUCUUCCAAAGAGAUUGCCAAGGUUGCGCUCCGGCUUAAGUACCAGAUCGAGCAGGUUAUUCCAUGCGAGGUGCAGGAAAGCACCCUCACCGACCCAAAUAGCAAGCUCAUCACGCCAGCCGUGGUCGAGACGGCUAAGCGGGCUGGCGGGGAGGACUACAAGGCCUGUGUGCUUUAUUGUCUUCUUGUUUGUCUGCGCUGGUUCAAGAUCCAGGCGUCGAUUGAGCUGUGGGAUGCGGAUCUUCAUGAGAUGCGCGCUGUGGCCUGCGAGGUCAUUGCGAAGCAAAUAAUUGAAGAGGAGCAAGACCAAGAGUAUCUGCUCAAAGAGAUCUUGCUCAAGCGAUACUCGAUUUUCGUAGAGGGCGUCGAAACUGACCCUGCCAAUGUCAUCGAACGGUCCGUCGACCUCCACGCGUUGCGGAUCAUCGGAUCUUCUGGAUAUCAGAAAUGUAUCCAGUACCUCUGGCGUGGCUGGAUCUGCCAAGAAGAUGGCAAUCCAACCAACUUCGUCUCGUACGAGGACAAGGAUAACACCGACUAUUGGGUUCACUUCCAUCCUGACCGCAUGAGAACUCCGCUUUACCAGAAUGUCUGCCAGAUACUGUUCUCUCUGAUCUACCUCGCCAUAUACACGGCUGUUAUCAACACUGUGAAUCCAACUGGUGAUCUUGAUGUCGCGGAGGGUAUCCUCUACGGGAUGACUCUUGCAUUCAUCUGUGACGAAGCAGUGAAGUUCUGGAAAAUCGGAUGGAAUUACAUUGAAUUCUGGAAUGCAUUCAACUCAACCCUAUACACACUGCUGGUUGUUUCAUUCGUCUUGCGCAUUGUGGCUCUCGCGCACUCGCCUUCCGCCAGUGAUGAAAACAGACAAUUGUACAACACGCUCAGCUACAACUUCCUGGCGUUUGCUGGCCCGAUGUUCUGGAUCCGCAUGAUGCUCUACCUGGACUCCUUCAAGUUUUUCGGGGCCAUGUUCGUCGUCCUUCGCGUGAUGAUGAAGGAGAGCUUGAUUUUCUUCGCGCUUCUCUUUGUCGUCCUGGCCGGCUUCUUCCAGGCUUUCAUUGGAAUGGCCCAGGUUGAUGCCGAUGUUCCCAUGUCCAGAGCUAUCAUCCAGGGCAUGGCGAAUAGUGUCAUGCAGAGCCCUGAGUUUGAGACGUUUCAGGGGUUUGCGUUUCCCUUUGGGAUUAUUCUCUACUACGUUUUCAACUUCAUUGUGAUGAUCGUUCUCCUCAACAUCCUCAUUGCGCUCUACAACAGUGCGUAUGAGGAUAUCUCCGGCAAUGCCACGGACGAGUACAUGGCCAUCUUCGCCCAAAAGACAAUGCAAUUUGUCCGUGCCCCAGAUGAGAAUGUAUUCAUCCCACCAUUCAACCUCCUGGAAAUGAUUUUCCUCGUCGCCCCAUUUGAAUGGUGGCUGACGCGCGAAUACUACGCCAAAAUGAACGAUAUCAUCAUGGGCAUAAUCUACUCGCCCCUUCUCUUCCUGACCGCCUGGCUCGAAACCCGGGAAGCGUAUCGGAUCCGCUGGAACCGCAGCCGAGGCGAGGAAGAUGAUGACUCCACGCAGGAGUGGGAGGAUGUAGCUGAGGAUGUGAACUUUGACCUGGAUGAUACCUGGAAGCUGCAGGUGAGCGAGUCGAAGCCCGAUAUCAAAACUGAUACUACGGCACUGGAGAUUCAGCAACUCAGGGAGCAGAUUCAGGCAUUGACAGAGAUGUGUGGUCCUCCAAGCGCCACCAUGGUCAAACUGGCCGACGACCCCCAGAUCGAAUAUGCGUCCCUGCACAACCCUCUCCCGCUGCAGCUGCACACAUAUGUGUGGCCCUUCCUGAUAAUCUGGCCUAUCUUCUUCGGCUUCUACCUCUCUCCAGAGCGCUAUGAUACCUACAUCCAGGGCCAGGAAUGGACUUUCGUCUACAGCGGAUCCAUCAUCACGGCCCAGUCCCUCCUAUGGUUGAUGACCAAGUGGAACAUCAACAUCAACGCCCUGUUCACCACAGUCAAGGCUAAGUCUAUCGACUCUGCCCAGUUGAUCAAAGUGAUCCCCAUCACCAAUGCCGGCACCGCGGAGAUCUGCCCCCUGAUCCAUGACAACACCGCUGGAAAGAAGACCAUCUCGUUCCUGUUCCAGAAGCGCCGAUUUCUCUUUUACCCCGACCGCCGCUCUUUUGCGCCAUUGUCUUAUGUCCUCGAUGCGGAACCCAAGCCUGCCCUCAGCUACUUCCAGGAGAGCCAGGGCUUGACAACCAAAGCCGACAUUGAACGCGUGCACAACCACUAUGGAGACAACACCUUUGACAUCCCUGUCCCCUCGUUCAUUGAGCUCUUCCAGGAGCAUGCCGUGGCGCCAUUCUUCGUUUUCCAGAUAUUCUGUGUUGGACUGUGGAUGCUGGACGAAUACUGGUAUUACUCGUUGUUCACGCUGUUUAUGCUGGUGGCUUUUGAAAGUACGGUGGUCUGGCAGCGCCAGCGGACUCUGAAUGAGUUCCGUGGUAUGAGCAUCAAGCCGUACGAUGUUUGGGUGUACCGCAAUCGCAAAUGGCAAGAAAUCACUAGUGACAAGCUUCUUCCCGGCGAUCUGAUGUCUGUCAAUCGCACCAAGGAGGAUAGUGGCGUGGCCUGUGACAUUCUUCUGGUCGAGGGCAGCGUGAUCGUGAACGAGGCCAUGCUUUCUGGCGAGAGCACGCCUCUCCUGAAAGACUCGGUCCAGCUUCGGCCCGGCACUGACUUGAUUGAACCCGACGGUCUGGACAAGAACUCGUUUGUCCAUGGAGGAACCAAGGUCCUGCAGAUCACCCACCCGAACUCAAACGGAGAAGAGACUCCCAAGAACAUGGCCACUGGUAUCACCAUGCCCCCGGACAAUGGUGCUCUGGGAGUGGUUGUCAAGACUGGGUUUGAAACCAGCCAAGGCAGUCUCGUGCGCACCAUGAUCUAUUCUACCGAACGUGUUUCCGCCAACAACGUCGAAGCCCUGCUGUUCAUCCUCUUCCUUUUGAUUUUCGCGAUCGCCGCUUCAUGGUACGUGUGGCAAGAGGGUGUGUCGAAGGACCGCAAGCGAUCGAAGCUGUUGUUGGAUUGUGUUCUCAUCGUCACAAGCGUCGUUCCCCCGGAGCUUCCCAUGGAACUGAGUUUGGCGGUCAACACCAGUCUGGCAGCCCUGAGCAAAUUUGCCAUCUUCUGCACUGAACCAUUCCGUAUCCCCUUCGCUGGCCGUGUGGACGUUGCGUGCUUUGAUAAAACCGGUACCCUGACUGGCGAGGACCUCGUCGUGGACGGCAUCGCGGGCCUGACUCUGGGUCAAGCCGGUGCCGCUGUGCAACCAGAUGGUGCUCAUACCGAACUGGCCAAGGCAACGGCCGUUGGCCCGGACACGACUCUUGUGCUGGCAAGUGCCCAUGCCCUCGUGAAAUUGGAUGAGGGUGAGGUUGUUGGUGACCCAAUGGAAAAGGCCACUUUACAGUGGCUUGGCUGGACCCUGGGCAAGAAGGAUACCCUUACCUCCAAGGGUGUUGCCCCGAUUGUCGGUUCGCGUCCUGUUGAGUCUGUUCAGAUCAAGCGCCGCUUUCAGUUUUCGUCUGCCCUCAAACGCCAAAGCACCAUCGCUACCGUUACCUCAACUGAUCGGAAGACCUCCAAGAAAAGCAAGGCAACCUUCGUCGGCGUCAAGGGUGCUCCUGAAACCAUCCGGGGCAUGUUGGUCAACACGCCGCCUCACUACGAAGAAACCUUUAAGUACUUCACUCGCAACGGCGCUCGUGUCCUGGCCCUGGCCUACAAGUAUCUCUCUACGGAAUCCGAAUUGUCUCAAGGUCGCAUCAACGAUUAUACUCGGGAGAAUAUUGAGUCGGAUCUAGCCUUUGCCGGUUUCCUUGUUCUGCAAUGCCCUCUGAAGGAGGAUGCCAUCAACUCUGUUCGCAUGCUGAAUGAGAGCAGUCACCGAGUGGUUAUGAUUACUGGUGACAACCCGCUGACCGCUGUGCACGUCGCUCGUAAAGUCGAAAUCGUGGAUCGGGAGGUGGUCAUCUUGGAUGCUCCCGAACACGACAAUUCAGGAACCAAGCUGGUCUGGCGCACUAUCGACGACAAGCUCAACACCCCCGUGGAUCCCACUCAGCCUCUGGACCCGGAGAUCUUGAACAACAAGGACAUUUGUAUCACUGGAUAUGCCCUCGCAAAAUUUAAGGGCCAAAAGGCUCUCCCCGAUCUGCUUCGCCAUACCUGGGUCUAUGCCCGCGUGUCUCCCAAGCAGAAGGAAGAUAUUCUCCUCGGACUGAAGGAUGCUGGCUAUACCACUCUGAUGUGUGGUGACGGCACGAACGACGUUGGUGCCUUGAAGCAAGCCCAUGUCGGUGUUGCCCUUCUGAAUGGCUCGCCCGAUGACCUGGUCAAGAUCGCCGAUCACUAUCGGACCACCAAGAUGAAGGAGCUGUAUGAGAAGCAGUGUAGCAUGAUGCAACGAUUCAACCAGCCUGCCCCUCCAGUGCCUGCUCAGAUCGCUCAUCUCUACCCGCCUGGCCCCAGCAAUCCGCACUACGAGAAGGCCAUUGAAAGAGAGGCGCAGAAGAAGGGAUCCGCCAUGACAGCUGCCGGUAACGCCGAGCAGAUCCCUACUAUCACCUCUCCUGGCGCUCAGGCCUUGCAGCAGUCUUCAUCGACCAUGACUCCUCAACAGCAGAGACAUCAGCAGGCUUCUGCGGCGGCAGCUGGUUUUGCGGACAAGCUUACCUCGUCCAUGUUGGAGCAGGAGCUGGAUGAAAGCGAGCCCCCCACCAUCAAGCUGGGCGACGCAUCCGUGGCUGCCCCGUUUACGAGCAAGCUGGCCAACGUUAUUGCUAUCCCCAACAUUAUCCGUCAAGGCCGUUGCACUCUGGUGGCUACAAUCCAGAUGUACAAGAUUCUGGCGCUGAACUGUCUGAUCAGUGCGUACAGUCUUAGUGUUAUCUACUUGGAUGGAAUCAAGUUUGGCGACGGUCAGGUUACCAUCAGCGGUAUGCUGAUGAGUGUGUGUUUCUUGUCCAUCUCUCGCGCAAAGUCUGUCGAGGGUCUCUCCAAGGAACGCCCGCAGCCGAACAUCUUCAACGUGUACAUUAUCGGAUCUGUUCUUGGACAAUUCGCAAUCCACAUUGUGACUCUGAUCUAUCUGUCAAACUACGUCUAUUCGAUUGAGCCGAGACAAAGCGACGUCGACCUCGAGGGCGAGUUCGAGCCAUCCUUGCUCAACAGCGCGAUCUACCUACUCCAGCUGAUCCAGCAAAUCUCCACCUUCUCAAUCAACUACCAGGGUCGUCCCUUCCGCGAGUCCAUCCGCGAGAACAAGGCCAUGUACUGGGGCCUCGUCGCCGCGUCGGGUGUGGCAUUCUCGUGUGCGACGGAGUUCAUCCCCGAGAUCAACGAGAAGCUGCGCCUGGUCCCCUUCAGCAACGAGUUCAAGCUCACCCUGACUGUGCUGAUGAUCUUCGAUUACGGUGGCUGCUGGCUAAUCGAGAACGUCCUCAAGAACCUCUUCAGUGACUUCCGUCCCAAGGAUAUCGCUGUCCGCCGUCCGGACCAGCUGAAGCGCGAGGCUGAGCGCAAGGCCCAGGAGCAGAUCGAGGCUGAGGCGAAGCAGGAGUCGCAGCGGAAGGUUUAG